UUGUCUUCUAGAGGGCGCAGAUGCAAAUGGCGAUACGAUACGCCCGCGUCCGGUCAUAUCUGGGUCCAGGAUCAUGAAAACAAGUCGUCCAUCUAAGUGAAAUUCGCAGUUGUUAUUGGAAUUUUCUUCCGAAAGAAUACGUUGUGCUAGUCUACCGUGAACUCUUGCAAAAUCUUCACAAACCAUGGGGGUUCCAAAGUUUUUCCGGUACAUAAGCGAACGCUAUCCUUGCCUCAGUGAGCUAGUAAAAGAAUACCAGAUCCCAGAGUUUGACAAUCUCUACCUGGAUAUGAAUGGUAUCAUCCAUAUGUGUUCGCAUCCGAACGACUUUGACCCACAUUUCAGGAUAACUGAAGAAAGAAUAUUUAAAGAUAUUUUUCACUACUUGGAGAUUCUUUUUCAAAUAAUAAAGCCAAGGAAGUUGUUUUUCAUGGCUGUUGAUGGAGUUGCUCCCAGAGCCAAAAUGAAUCAGCAGAGAGGACGCAGAUUUCGCUCAGCUAAGGAAGCCGAGGUAUUGGAGAAGAGAGCAGAGGCCAAAGGAGAAAAAUUGCCCAAAGAAGCACGGUUUGACUCAAACUGCAUUACCCCAGGCACAGUUUUCAUGGCAAGACUUCACGAACAGUUGAAGUAUUUUGUCACUGACAAAAUGUCUAAUGACCCCCAGUGGAAAGGUGUUAAAGUGAUUUUGUCAGGCCAUGAGACACCUGGAGAAGGAGAGCAUAAGAUUAUGGAGUAUAUAAGAUGGAUGAAAACUCAAACAAGUUAUGAUCCUAACACACGUCAUUGUCUGUAUGGUCUGGAUGCUGAUCUGAUGAUGCUUGGUUUAUGCACACAUGAGCCUCAUUUUUCCCUUCUUCGUGAAGAAGUGAAAUUUGGCAAACAAUCUAAACGAACAUCAGUUCCUGAAGAAACACGAUUCUAUCUCCUGCAUCUUUCCCUGAUGAGAGAGUACCUUGAUUUGGAAUUUCAGGCUUUAAAGAACAAGCUUAAAUUUCCAUAUGAUUUAGAAUCUAUUAUUGAUGAUUGGGUCCUAAUGGGAUUUCUUGUUGGCAACGAUUUUAUUCCCCAUCUGCCUGAUGUUCACAUUGCAAGUGGGGCCCUACCAAUGCUAUAUAAUGCAUACAUAGAGGUUUUGCCCACAUUAGAAGGUUAUAUCAAUGAAAAUGGGCACCUUAAACUUGAUCGUUUUCAAAAGUUUAUGGAAAAAUUGGCAGCUUUUGACAUCAAUCAAUUUAAAGACACUUAUGCUGAUAUGAAGUAUUUUGAAAGCAAAACUAAUAGGAAAAUGGGAUCAAAAGAUAGCCGUGCUGACAAACAACCUCAAAACGGAGAUGAAGGCCUUAGUGAAACAAAAACUGGGAUCUCAGAAUUGGAUGCCCUAAUAAAAGCCACUAAUGAAAUGGUAUUGGAAAAGUUUUUUGAUGAUGAAGAAGGAGAUGCUGGUAUAGUAGAUGAAGAUGAAGAUGAUGUUGAUGUCUUUGCCUCAAGAACAUAUGAUGAUGAUUCUGAUUCAGAAAUAUCUGACACAUUCAGAUGGGAAUUUCAUCAGCAUAAAAAAGAUUAUUAUAGGAAUAAAUUGGAAUACGGAAAAGUGACAGAACAUGUUUUACGAGACCAGGCUGAGGGCUAUGUUCGGGCAAUUCAAUGGAACCUUCACUAUUAUUACCAUGGAGUUGCAUCUUGGUCAUGGUAUUAUCCUCAUCAUUAUGCUCCCUAUGUCUCUGACAUUUGCAAUUUCAAGGAUAUUACCUUGCAUUUUGAACUGGGUGAACCAUUUAAACCUUUUGAGCAGCUUUUAGCAGUUCUACCAUCAGCUAGUAAAUCAUUGCUGCCAGCACCCUAUCAAGAACUAAUGACUCAAGAAAAUUCUCCUAUACUAGAGUACUAUCCUCCAGAAUUCCAAACAGAUCUCAAUGGAAAAAAGCAAGACUGGGAGGCAGUUGUUCUAAUUCCUUUUAUUGAUGAGAAGAAACUUUUGUCUGCCAUGCUUCCUUGUGAAGAGAGACUGACAAAUGAUGAAAAGAAUCGGAAUAGUUUUGGGCCAAUGCUAGAGUACACAUUUUCAAAUGAAACACUUGGAGAGUACAGUGCUCCUCAGUAUUUCUCUACCAUAAAAAAUAAUCAUGCCUUAGUGCGUGCAAUAUGGAGAAAAGACUUACAUCUGCAACCUGAAGAAAUUGUGCAUGGUCUCCCUCGUGGUGUGCGUCUGGAUGUUUACUUUCCUGGCUUUCCUACUUUCAAACAUUUACCUUUUAAGGGGUGUCUGAAGAAAGCCAAAGUUCAAGUCUUUGACCAAGCAAGUAGAGGUGAAAAUAUGAUAUUGACAAUAUUGAAUGUUUGCUCAUUUUCCCUGAAAGAGGCUGCCGACCAUUAUCUUGGGAAGAAUGUUUACUGUGGUUGGCCUCAUAUGUCUGAAGCAAGAGUAAUAGGGGUCGCAGAUGGUUCAAAACGUUACAACCUCCUUGCUAGUGGCAAAGUUGCAUUGGAAAACCUUUCCAAUAAUUUAUCUGAUCAAUGUGAGGCUACCAAAAAAGCCCUUGGUAAUGAGUACAUGAGACGUCAAGGAGUGGAAAUUGGUUGCACCAAUCUUGUAGUUUAUGUGAAUCAUGUAGUUGGUAGAAAGUAUGUGUUUGGUCAGGCCGGAAAGAUUACCACGGAGAAACAAUACACUGAAAUUCAAGACCCAUAUGCCAUACAAACAGUUGUUCAAGACAUUGCUGUCCAUGACUCAAGUUUUGUACAGUUUCAAACCCUUGAGGAGGUAUUUCCUGUGGGUAGUAAAUGCUUCCUUCUUGCAUCUCCAGUUUACGGAAGUAUGGGUGAGGUUCUUGAGGUUAAAAUGAAAGAGGGACGUUUGUUUUUGAAAAUCAGCACUAAUGGAGAACCAGAUGUUGAUUAUGUGCGUUACAACCAACAUUCAUCAAAAUCCCAGUUCAUGCCAGGUAGCAAAGCAGCACAACAUAUUGGGAUAAGCUCACACAUACUCUCUAGGAUCACUGGAACAGUCUUUUUGAUUGUUGGAAAUAAACAGGCUGAUAACCCAAGCAAAAUCAACAUAGGACUGAAUCUUAAAUUCAAUAAGAAAAAUGAAGAGGUUCCUGGCUUCACUAAAAAAGAAAAUAAUAUGUGGCUUUAUUCUAGGAAAGCUAUUGCUGUCCUUAAAGAAUAUGUUGAGAAAUUUCCUGAAGUAUUUGAACUUCUCUCAAAACAAACAUCAAAUGAUGUUUAUGAUGACAAGGAUAUGUACCCUGGUGACAAUUGUGCCGAGAAAGUUUGUGAACUAUCCAAAUGGUUAAAAGAAGUUCCUUGUGUGAAUGUUGACCGUCAAUCUUGUGGGGCUCAGAUUCUUGAUGAUGAAGUUGUUUCUCAAAUUCAAGAUGUUGUCAAAUCAUUUCUUGACAACCCUCCUGACCCAAAGAGACUGAAACUGCAGGUUAAACCACAUAUUGUUUUUAAGUCAUCAUUACGGGUCGGCAAUUUGGCACCUGACAAUAGUACAACAUUCCAACUAUUUGACCGUGUUGUGAAUGUUCGGGAUGAUUCUACUGUGCCUCUAGGACUUAAAGGCACAAUUAUUGGCAUUCGCCCUUCAGAGAUUGAAGCUGAUACUAUGUAUGAUGUGCUAUUUGACAGAGAAUUUCCCUCUGGAAUGUCCUUGGCUGGCACAAAAGGAAAUUCUUACAGAAUGUCUAGAACUGCUUUAAUUGAUAUAUCACACGGUCUUCGCCAAGGCCUUAUUCACGAAAGCUACAGAAAUGUCCAGACUCAACCUCAAUCCAACUCAGCAUUUGCUAAAUGGGCUGGAAAAGGAAAAGAAGGAAUCAAGCCAGCAUCAAAUAUGAAAGAACCCUUACCCUCCAAAGGCUCAAACAGAGAGAAGCAGUUUACUAGCAAGAAGCAGUCAGAUUCCCCCAACAACCCAGGCCGUUUUAAAUUUCCUGCACCACCAAAUGUACAAAUUUUGUCGAAGGAGAACCCCAAACCAUCAGUUCCCCCUCAAAAUCAGCAAUGGGAUCAGGUGCAAAUAAAUUCGGGAAAGAGUACAAAUCACAAUGGUCUGUGUGGUCCUCCACCUCCAAAUGCAUUGCCAAUACCAAACAACAACAUGACUAAUGUAAUGGACUCAAAAACAAAUACAUUAAAAAUGAUGUUGGGAGUAGCUUCUAAUGCAGCCAAAGCCCAAGAAGUACCAAGUGCCUUUCCUGUAGCCGCAUCCCCUGCGGAUUUUGCAAAGUCCAUGAAGCCUACUUGUGAAAUAUCUCCCUAUUCUCAAGAUGUUUGUGGUUUUCUGCUCCAAUUCUUCCAGAGGAAAGGUGUUGGUGUGCCUUUGUAUAGUGUAGCUGCUAUGGGAGCUGAUGUGUUUGCUCGACUAACAUUACCUGAUGGUACAAUUGUGAAUGGCAGACCUUCUUUAACCAAACAAGGAGCAGCAGAGAAUGCUGCUUUUCAGGCUCUCCAUUUACUUAAAGUUUGCCGUGUUUGUGAUAAUGAGGACAUGCUAUCAAGUACCAAGCAAUUCACAACUCAAUCUCAAACUCAGCCAAACAGGCAGCUGAGUGGGCAACCUCAGCAGUUUUUUGAACAGUUCAGACAGGGUCACUUCCCUGGUCAACCUGUUGUCACUUCAGGAAAUCCUAAUUGGCUACAGUCUGGCCAUAGCCAGCAGGAUCAUGCCAGAACCUCCUUCCCUCAGGGACCUCCAUUUUCCCAGGCUCUACAGCAUCAUAAUCUGAAUUAUCAGCAACCUUCUCAACCUCCAAAUCAACAGUACGGCCAUCCAUCCAGACACAAUACUUUGGUUUCACAUCAAUCUCCCCCCAAAAAACAACAGUCAAAUAACCAUUACAGAAGAGAGGAGAGUGGAUCUAAUAACUGGCAGUCAGUGAAGCAUUCACCUCAAAGACAACAACACCAAGGUGCGACAAAGAAAAACCAAAAGGAUUCAAAUUCAUUUGUCCCUUUGCAAGCAAUGAAAAAGCAAAGACAUGCCCGUAAACUUGGCCCACCAUCGCAUCAAGGGCCCAAUGUGCCUGUAAGGGGUCCAACAAGUGCUUCAAAAGAGAGAGAUUCCACUAUCAGUGUUGAACAGUUGGAAAAGGGCAAAUCACAUGAAAGCAAUCUUGAGUCGAUCUCGAGAAAGACGUGUCCUCCACCAUUAGGCCCAGACACAGCCAAGGAGCAGGACACAAGUAAAAUCACUGUUAGAGAAGAAAAUAAAGAUGACUCUCGUUCUGUUUCAAGAAUGAAGAGGUCACGUUUAGCUAUCAAUUUUAACUCAUCAAAUGCAUGAUUGAUUUUUGAAAUUUAUUUCUUGGAUUUUUUUUUUUUUUUUAAUUUGUGACUGAAGAAAUGACCUUUUUUUGUAAUUUUUACAUGCUAUCAGCGUCUGUAUAAUUGAAUGACCUUCCUGAUGCGGUUAGAUUUGGAUCUCUGAGUAUAAAUCAAGUUUAAGUUCUGUAAUACUAGAGCAUCAAAUCUCUAGAAAUUUAUGUGGAGUAUGAACCCUUAUUGAUAGAUCAACUGAGCAGGGUGCUUAUGUGUAAUUAAUUUGUUUCAUAACAUGUUCCCAGUACAAAACUUGUAUAUAAACUUGUAAAAUCAAUGUGAAUUAAAGCAACUACUCCUUA